UAAAAUUUAUCGUUAAAAAAAUUGUAUCCAAUACCUCUGAGUGCUGCUCCUUUUAGAUAAUUGAAUUGUAAACAAGGUCAUAAUGCAUGCGGUUGGACUCCAUUCGGCAUUGGCGAUAAAACGUCAACGUAAACGCAGAGAAGAACAACGCCGUGCUAAAGAACGACGAUACAGUCUACAUUCGGCAGAAAGUGGAAGGACAUCGCCAAGAGCAUCGACUAAUUCUAUCGACUAUUCACCACAUUUUCCAGCUAUGAAGGCCAAGCACUCGAUCAUCCAUGGAAUCGAUUAUCGAGUUGCAACUACCUUCGGAAUGCUACAUAUUGGUAUCGUUUUUUUACUGAUAGGAGUUUUUCUAUUAAUCAGCGGGUUUCUACCAAAUGAUAUAACAACCUGGCAGCCAACUUCUUCGAAAACGUGGUGGAAUGAAUUGAUCAUAGUUGGGUUUCUUUCUUUAAUAUUAGGUAUAGUUCUUAUUUCGUUGAAUACAAUUAUAACGAAAAAAGAAGAAAAUGAAAUUGAAAAAUAUGUGAAUCAACAACUUACGCGAUCCAAAUCUGGGCAUAGAUUAGAGAAAGAUGGUGAGACUGGAGGCAUGCAAAGAAAAAGAUAUUGCCAUAAUAAAGAUCGUAAAUCGGAUUCUACGCAGCAGUUUACAUAUGACAACGAGGAAGAUGAAACACAAUCGAGUGCCAAUGAAAACGUUACGACUAAAAUAACAGAAAAUACUUCGUCAUCAUUUCGUGCGAAGCUAGAGCCAAAUACGCAUUUGGGAAGAAUAACCGAAGAAGAAGCAUACAAUUAA